GUGGCUCUAUAGAAACAUUUGUUUGAAACAUGGCUGUGCAGAGCUGGAGUGAUAUCCUAAAAUCGUCAAAGAAAACGGCUUUAAUACUUGAUGGAAAAAGGAAGAUCCACUAUCUGUUCACAGAUGGAAAAGAAAUGGCAGAAGAAUAUGACUUGAAGACAGAUGAGCUCCUCGUGAGAAAAUGGCGCCAUAAAAGCACGCUUGGAGUUCAGGGCGUGUGGCUGGUGGAGGUUGGGGAGCCCCUUGCAGGCCCUGUUGCAUCUUUGGAGUCUGAUAUGAUCAAAGAGAACAGCUCAAAUCCCAUGUUCAUGCGUAAAGACACAAAGACCAGCUUCCAGUGGAGGAUCCGCAACCUUUCCUACCCCAAAGAUGUUUUCAGUGUUUCAGUGGAUCACUCUGAGAGAUGCAUCAUCAUCAAAACCUCAAACAAAAAGUAUUACAAGAAGUUCAGUAUUCCUGAUCUCGACCGCAGUCAGCUACCAUUAGACAACUCCGCGCUAAGCUUCACUCAUGCCAACAACACUUUAAUUGUUAGCUACAAGAAACCCACAGAGAUCUUAACCCUUGAACAAGAGCUACUGGAGGAGCUGAAAAAGCUGAAGGGGAGUGCUGACGGGGAUGUCGACUGCAAAACCCAGUGAAUUCUGCCUGUGGGAGCCAGGGAAUAAUUCUGGGUUGCAUUUAGAGCAGAACCUCGCAGCAUCAUUUUCCAGUCACGUAUGAGCUCUCAUUUAUUUCUUCUGUACUUAAUCCCUUCAUUAAGAUUCACUGUGCCUUGUCCCUUAGCUUAAUAUCUAAUUGUCUUAAUUAAUUUGGUGGAAUUAUUAUGUCUAGAAAUGUGUCCAGCCAUUUAUGUUUCAUACAGUGAUAUUUAGUAAAAUAUAUUAUUAGUAGAUUUAAAAACUUUGUGGUUUCAUUUUCAACCCAAAUUCUUUGGCUGACAAAAAAUAAUGUCAGAAUCUGUUUUUGCUUCUUUUUACCAAACCUACUGUGGAGAAGUUUUGUUGGGGGGGGUCACAUAACCUACCGGCCUCCUUCCAUUGAUGUCCUUGUAAAACACUCAAAACACACAAGGCUUCAUCCCUGUUCGUUCCGAGGUCACAGUUACGAGGACAUCCCAUUUGUGUUAAAUGAAUACCCUCAUGUUCCUUGUAUGUAGUGGGCCACCCUGAAAGCCAUUACUGAAACUUGCGUUACCAUCUUCCUUUACAAGAGAAGGCGAUUCUGACUUAGUGGUCUAUGUCCAAAGUGCCGUAGACAUAAGUAAGAAUUAGAUGCAACUGUUUUUGCAGAGCUUUAUUUCAAAUUUCUAUGAAAUUUUUGGUUGUUUGUUUGUUUAACGUGAAGGAAUGUGAAGCUGAGAUUUUAUAUCUUUGAGAAACUGAAAUGUUUGUGUAUACUGUACGCUGAAUGACGUUUAUUAAAGUUGGAUAUUUCUCUA